UCAGCUCGCCUCUCCAUUCACACUCUGAACCCGGACCUCCUCCUCCUCCUCACUGCGCAGCCUGCUCCACCACCUCGGCCACUCCGGCCGGCGACCGCGCGGCGUCCUGCGGCGAGGUCUGAAUUGAUCAUUAUGGUGAAGAAAAGUGCAGAGAAAAGUUAUGGUGGUAUGGCUGCAUGCACAUCAAGUGCUGAACUCUCAGAAAAUAACCCAAGGCAGAAUUUCCGUUUAGGAGAUAUCACAUGGGUUAAGCAUGAUGGCUCCUCAUGGUGGCCAGCCCAGGUCAUUGAUGAAGCAUCUGCCAGUAGCAAGGCCAAGAAGAAGACCAGCCAUGAUGCUCUGGUUCGACUGUAUGGCACAUGCCUAGACUUGUAUAUUGACCCUUGGAAGUCUAACAUGGAAUUUGAAAUGUAUCUGAAGGAAGAAAAUAAGACAGCUAUGGAAGCAUUCCAUGAGGUGCUUCAGGAGGAGCUAUCUCAUUUUGAGUCGCCCAGUGAUGAUGAUGAGGAACCUGUCAACACAAAAGCCAAGACGUCUGCUAAGAAGGCCAGAAAGAAAGAAGGCUUAGAGCAGGACCAAGAAGUUCGGAGCAAUGCAAAAGGUGGGGGUGCUGUUCAGAAAGGAAAAAAACAGAAAGGUGGGAGACAAGCAAGUGAUCUCGACAAAGCUUUGAGUAUGGAUUCUGCUCAAGGUUUAAGAGAUAAGACACCCAAGCAAGCUUCUGUUGUGCGAGAUAAAAAGAGUGGUAAGAAGGCAUCAUCAGGAACAUUGGUGGCCAGAAAGGAAGGAUCCUCAAGGCAAUCGGGCCGUGCCAGUGUGAAGCAAUAUUCAGAUGCGGCCGAGGACAGCACAUCACAACUCCAGGAUACAAGCGCAAGUGAAAAUUCAGCUGAAGCAGGAGCGAUGACAUCAGUGAAUAGGAUUCAGCACAAAACUGGUUCGACGGUCGAGGGAACUCACCGGAAGAUAAAAGCUAUGGUCAGGGAUAUACUGCUGGGGGACGUCAUAGACAGGCAGGUUGCUGCUGAAAUGGCGUUUGUGGAUGAAGUGAUCUUUGGAAUCUGUCAAGCCAGCGAGGAAAAGGCGACUCAGGGUGGUGCUGCUGCUAAUACUGUGACAGAGGGUGGAGUAAGCACCAAGCGGGCUGCUGGCGCGCUGGAGUCUGACUCAAGCCGUGCUGCAAAGAAGAAACCUAGAAAGGGGAAGGCGGCGAAGCCGGAGGCCAAGGAUCCCAACUCCUCUCCUAGCAGGGGCGCGGCGGCCAAGGAGGGAUCGGAACAGCGUAGCGCGCGGCAGAUCAAGAUCAUGCAGAGCCUGGGCCUGAUCGCUCCGCUGGGAUCUCCGUUCGACGGGAAGGGUUCUGCUGCAGCCGCCCGUUGAUGAUUCCAUGAUUCUGGCUAGGGCAGACUACUACUACAUUUUGUAAGCACACCAUUGGUUCUGAAUGGAAACCCGUAGUUAUGGCGCCUAUCAGAUCUACCUACUAGUUUACUUGUGCUAAUUUCUGUUCUUGUUUACGGAAGAUUUGGCCGGACAUAGAUAGCUGCUGCGUAAGUAAGCGCACAGUUGUUAGUCUGUCUGUAUCAGCGCAAAGACGAGCCGCAGUCGCUCAGCGCUGUACCAAAUUGGUUAUUGACAUAUUAAGUUGCGACUUAGAUUA